AUGGUUGCAUUCUCGGCAGCUUGGCUGCAGCCGGUGGCGGUGGUGUGCGACUCCAAUCCAGCGCUCCAGGCCCUCGUCAACUCACAGCGGGCAGGACUUACAGUGGUGCUGCUGCUUGCCAAGUUAACGGCUCUAGCCACCGCCGGAAUCCCAAUAUCUUUCCGCUGGCUGCCCUCAUAUGUCGGGGUAGCCGGUAACGAGAAGGCGGAUACCUACGCCAAAGCUGGCCAUCAUGAUGUAGUCCUGGUUACCAGAGCGGUAGCAGCUUCGGACUACAUGAGACAUCGGCUACGGUGCCUGCACACCUCCAUUCACCAGGACCCCCGAGUGGCUAGUGGCAGGGCCCCCAAGCCGCUUCCAGAGAACGGCCUCUCCAGAAGAGGCCGUUGCACACUCCUGCGCUUGCGGACUGGCUGCACCUGGACUGCGGCCCGGCUGUACGCCAAGGGCCGCGCCACGUCACCUGCCUGCAAGAGAUGCGGGGACCCCGAGACUCUGGAGCACCUUCUCUGUACCUGCCCUUCCUUGGCGCAAGAACGCUCCAGAGUGAUCAACACCUACAGACGCCACGGCCUUCCAGCGGCCACAGAGACUGACCUGCUGUUCACGGUGUAUCCACAGCUCCCUGCACUGCGAAGCCUGCUGGAGUUUAUAAGUUCCACGGGAAUAGACACAUUAUAA